AAGAAAGAAAAAAAAAGGCAGAGAAAGGCUCGGAGACUAGAGAGCGAGGCGAGAGGGAGUCGGUCCAAUCGGCACCUUUCCCCCUUCCAAGAGCAUCGCGUCUCCGUCAAGCCCGCGGACAUCCCAGAGACCCAUUCCCGGAGCGGGCCGACGCCAGGCGCUGAGGCCUUCGGGGGCGCGGUUCGUCCCGGGUCUCGACCGCCCUAGGGGUGGGGCAGCCCCUGACUGUGCUGCCGCCGCCGCCGCCGCCGCCGGGCGAUCUCCAAGCGGCGAUCUCUAAGCGCGGCUCCGCUGGGCCGCGGGCCAGGAGGGGAGGGUCCGGCCGUGCCCCGCAAGCCUCCAUUGGCGGCUUCCCCUGGCCUCCGCGCCAUGCCGCGGGCGGUGUGAGCCGCCGCGGGCUCUGGAGCCGGCAGGUGCCCGCGGGUGCGCCAAGCCAGGCUGGGGAGGGGGCGCUGUGGUCGCCAUGCUGCGAGGGCCCCGGGCCCUGGCUCCGGCUGCUGGGCCGCCCUCGAAGGGGCUACCCGCGAUGAGCCCCACCGAGCUGUGGCCGCCCGGCCUCAGCAGCCCCCAGCUCUGCCAGACCACCACCACAACCUACUACACCUCGCUGUACCCGCAGACUCUGCCUCUCGCUGCGGUGCCGGGCACCUGCCUCGACGCCACCCCCCACGGACCGGAGGGCCAAGCUGUGCGAUGCGUGCCGGCUGGCCGGCUGCCGGCCAAAAGGAAGCUGGACCUGGAGGGCAUCGGAAGGCCUGCAGUCCCUGAAUUCCGGACGCCCAAGGGGAAGUGCAUUAGAGUGGAUGGCUUCCCCAGCCCCAGAACCCCCAAGUCCCCCGGGGAGAAGACUCGGUAUGACACAUCGCUGGGGCUGCUCACCAAGAAGUUCAUUUACCUCCUGAGUGAGUCAGAGGAUGGGGUCCUGGACCUGAACUGGGCUGCUGAGGUGCUGGACGUGCAGAAGCGGCGCAUCUAUGAUAUCACCAAUGUGCUGGAGGGCAUCCAGCUCAUACGCAAGAAGGCCAAGAACAACAUCCAGUGGGUAGGCAGGGGAAUGCUUGAAGACCCCACCUGGCCUGGGAAGCAGCAGCAGCUGGGGCAGGAGCUGAAGGAGCUGACGAACACGGAGCAGGCCUUGGACCAGCUCAUCCAGAGCUGCUCUCUGAACUUCAAGCACCUGACCGAGAACAAGACCAACAAGAGACUGGCCUAUGUGACUUACCAGGACAUCCGAGCUAUUGGCAACUUUAAGGAGCAGACAGUGAUCGCUGUCAAGGCCCCUCCACAGACAAGACUGGAAGUGCCUGACAGGAACGAGGAGAAUCUGCAGAUCUAUCUGAAGAGCACGCAGGGGCCCAUCGAAGUCUACCUGUGCCCAGAGGAGAUGCAGGAGCCGGACAGUCCUGCCAAGGAGCCCCUCCCCUCCACCUCUGCCCCCGGCCCCAGCCCUGACUCCACCCAGCCCAGCAGCAGCGCCAGCCUUGGGAUCACAGAACCCACUGCAUCCCCAGCACCAGUGCUGAGUCCCCAGCGGGUCCUGCAGCCACCCCCACAGCUUCCACCACAGCCAAGCCUUGUCCCCCUGGAGGCCACUGACAGCAUGCUGGAGCUGCCGCACCCACUUCUGCAGCAGACCGAGGACCAGUUCCUGUCCCCGCUGCCGUGCAGCUCCCCACUGAUCAGCUUCUCCCCACCCUUGGACCAGGACGACUACCUGUGGGGUCUGGAUGGGGGUGAGGGCAUCAGUGACCUCUUCGACUCCUAUGACCUUGGGGACCUGCUGAUUAACUGAAUGGCCCUGCUUGCCCCCAGGAGCCCCACCCAUCUCUACCUCCUCAUAGACAGACUGACAGUCCCUCUGCCCGCACAGGGAUGUUGGACACAAGGUGCUUCCCUCAGGGUCUGGGGGUCUCCUCCUUUCCCACCCCUGUGCUGGCCGAAGCUGUCCUGGGGAGUGACAUGGAGGACACGGGUGAGGAGCGUCACAGGGGUUGGGUCCUGUCCUUCCUAAUGGAAGCUGGGUCUGGAAAGACCCAGCCAGUCGAGCCACAGGGAAAGGGACCAGGUCCAGGGAAAGGCCCUGCCACUGCAUUUCUGGGGCAGAAUUAGGACCCUCAGUUUAUCAAGAAGCACUUAAUGCCUUUGUAUUUAUUUCAGGUUGAGUUUUGUUUGUCUUCCCUGAGUUUUAACAGGGAGAUGAUUCUAGUUUCUAGUAAGAAUUCUCAGACAGGCGCAGCGCCGUCCAGUGUCCAAGGGCGGGCCGGGCCUUCCAGAGCCCAGGCCAACUCCCCAGUUUCCCCACAGCGGUGGGGGCUGGGCCUCUGAGGGGCCUUCCAGUCUGCUGCGAUGCCCAUUGCACUAAGGCAUCUUCAUUCUAAUAAGCGGCGGCUGCAGACCCUUUGGCCUCUCCUCCGCUCUCAGCCUGACAUCUCCCACCAAGGCACCAGCCUUGGAUUCCUGGUUUCCUUUGUCCUGGAGAUGGUUCCAGAGAGCCAUCCCAGCAGGCAGCAUGGAGGCUCCUGAGUUAGCAGGAGCAGCCAGUUACGAAGACCCCCUUCCUGGGGAAUUCCUUACCUCUCCCUCCCCUUAGAAUGUAAAACACAAUCCUCCAGGGAGUUGGCGGAGAAGAGCUCCUGAGGAAACAAGGACAGGAAUACGGCAGCAGCUGCCGUGGCUCCCCAGGCGCCUUUCCUCCAUCUGGCCUCUCACUGGGAUGGGACGUUUUCCACUGAGGACCUGGGAGGCAUUGGCUGCUCCACCGAAGGGAAGGGUGAGGUUAACCCAAUAAACUGCUGGAAGGCACCCUGUCUGGUAGCUGCUGGUAUUAGCCUCCCCUUGCCUGGGAGGAUUCUUUUGUUGAAGGGAGUGAUUCUUUAAAGACCUCCCCUGCCUCUCAGCUCUCCCACAAACCCCCAAGGACAGAGGUGACCGGGACUUGGUGGCAUAUUGGCUCCUUUUGUCACACGAAGGCCGAAGGGGUGACAGAAGGGUGUCCGUUGCAGAACAGAUCUUGGCAGCUAAUGGGGAGAUGGGCUCAUGUCACCUCUUCAGGCUUGGGGUCCUGGGAAGGUCUCUGGCCUCACCACACCCUCCCAGAGGCUCAGCCUUCCCACACUGUGCCUGAGGCCCAGUGGGUGGGGGUAGGGGUCAGCUCUGUUCUUUCACAAGGGAGGUAGCCAGGGCUGGCGGUCUGAGAGGCCCACCACCCGUCCUCAGGGAACUAGGUUUCCUCAGGAGCUCAGCUGGGCGGCACUUUUUUUUUUUUUUUUUAAGUUUGUAGCAUUAAAUUGGAUUAAAAUAUGAAGUUGGCUUCAUGGGAUUGCUCCUGAGCUGACCUACUGGCAUCUGAAGCCUGGAAGGUGGGUUUCUUUGGGGGUAGGGUCCAAAGGGAGCUAAUGCCCAGCUAGGGACAGCUGGGCCUUGUCAUUUGCUCAACUUCCUAGGCCCCCAAGUUAGCACCUUCUCAGGAAUGGUCAGCAAGUCACAGAUGCUCCACUCUAUAAAUAGGGCCAGUUUUGUUUGUUUCACAGAAAUUCCGUUGGUCUUCCCUCCCUGAAUACUCACCGGGGACUCAUCAGAGCUUCAUUUGAAACCCAGCAUGUUCAGGGCCAAGGAACUACCUUGGUCCUUGGGGUCUGGCUUGGGGCUUGUGGGCCUGGAGACGGUGUUGUUGUUCUGAGGUCUCCGCUAGUCUGCCAUGUGGACAUGUAUCAUCUCUGAGGACAGACAUAUUUGACUUCCAUGCCUUGGGCUCUGCCUAGAGCUUUCUCCUAGAAUUAAUUCAGAGAAAAGGGAGAAGAGGCCUGCAAGAUCCACCAAAAAUGAGUUGAAUGGUGAAGUCUGGCCAGAGUUCAGGUUCAUUCCCCAACGCCUAGCUGCAUUGCUGAACAGAGGAUGUUCCUUGGGCCUGUGGCCUGCAUCCUGAGCAGCUGCCCUGCCCUCUCCCAUGCUGGCCCCUCUCCCCGUGCCUGGCCCAGGGGCUGGACCACCCAGGCCAGGCCUCAGGCUCCAGGUAGGAAACAAGCUCAUGCCUCUCUUGCCAGUGACACUUGAAACCACCCAAGUUCCAUGAAAUGCUUUAAGAACCCAUUUUAAGUGGUAUUUCCUUUAGGGACCAGGUAAACUUUAAAACUAGGGUUUAAAACUUAAAGUUAGGGAGUUUCUUUCUGAUACAUUAUUUCUGCCUGGAAAUUUCCCAGUCUCCCAUGCAGCCCCUGAGUCACCCAUGUCCCCAGGGACAUCAAAGGCUCGGGGACUCCAGGGAAGCCCGUAGCAUUAAAUUGAUCAGUAGAGUUGGAGAUUAAGAGAUUUCUUAAAACCAGGGGCAUGCUCCCAUGUCCCUUCCUGUUAAAAGUAUGAGCUAGACCCGUGUGGCAUCCCUUCUCCUUGGCAAUGCUGUGGGCCUGACUGGCAUGGCUGCAGGAAAGAAGAGGGAGAUGGUGAAGCUUGUACAACUGGCUCUUGGAGGGUUUUGACUUUUUGUCUCCCUAGACGUCCUCAGCCUCAGUUCUGCACAGUGUUUAGUUUUUAGCGAAAGCAUUUGGGUGUUUCCCCAUCCAAGCAUUGUGUGGCUUAGUGCGUUUGAAGUGAAAGCCUUUUGGGGCUGUUUCCAAGCAGCUUUCUGGUUCUUGUCAUUGCGCCUUGAGGUCCCCACCUCAUCCUGGGACACUGUUCUCCCAUGACGACAUCGUGACCAGGAGCCUGGCCAACCUGCUGGCUCCUGGGUGAGCGAAGAAGCUUUGUAUGUGGCACAUGUGUCUUGGGUGAGUGGGCCCCAGCGAACCUGGUCCCUGUGCUGGGACUCCGUGCAGGUCACUUAUCUCUGACCUGGUUGUGCCCUGGGUCCUGCCUUGAUGAGCACCAUGUAAAACUUGUGUUGUGAUAACCGGGCAUUAAAUGGCAGCAACUCUGGGUGCCUUGUCUCUUU